AUGUUUACAGCCAUUCCGCUGAGGUUACAAGGACCAUCGAGUGCAAAUGGUACUGGUCGUGUGGAAGUAUUCUACAGAGGGCAAUGGGGAACAAUCUGUGAUGAUAUUUGGAAUAUGAAUCAUGUGAGAGUAAUAUGUCGUCAGCUUGGAUUUAAAUAUGCUGUUCGGGCUCUUCAAGGAGGUCAGGUCCCUCGUGGUUCUGGACAGAUAUGGUUAGAUGACGUUCGCUGUUCUGGUAGUGAACAAAAUUUGACCAGUUGUUCCCAUCUUGGUUGGGGAAAUCAUAAUUGCCAGCAUCAUGGGGAUGCCGGAGUUGAAUGUUCUUCAGCAGGUAAAGUUAACGUAGUGCACGUGAGCCGUAUAUUGUUCCACUGGAUAUAGAUAUCUCGAACUCAUUAAUAAUUCAUGAGCAAAUUAGCGAAUGAACUCACCCUAAUUCGUCACAUGAUUGAGGUUGGAUACCGCAAGGAAACACGCUAAAAAUCAUAUACCAUCACUGUUGUUAGAUGAAAAACGGUUUUCAUCUAAUAACUGAGAUCCUAAUUACAAAUUCAAGUCAAAACACAACAAUUAUACUAUAAUAAUUACUGACGGUCAUAAUAACCUAUUGUUUUCUCUCUGCAUUAUAUCAGCGAAUGUCGAGAAGCUAAAAUAGCACCCAGCAUUAUUAAAAAUAAUGCAGCGUGCACACAGCAUUAUUAAAAAUAAUGCAGCGUGCACACAGCAUUAUUAAAAAUAAUGCAGCGUGCACACAGCAUUAUUAAAAAUAAAGCAGCGUGUAUCAGUGCACACAGACAUUAUUCGCAAUCCUUCGUCAUCCUGACAAGUACACGCGAUAACGUGAACAUCUCAAGAUGAGGUGACAGUGCUAAAGGCCCCUCAUACAAUAUCAUCGGGCGCCUGAAGCACUGCCAAAACAGUCACUGUGAGUCCUUUCAGCUCAACUUUAUAGAGAAAUAGUUUCGUUUGCGCUUGUGGGAUUUUAUCCUAGAUAUACGCAUGUGCAGAACACACUAUAAGUUCUAUUCCCGUGUUUAUCCAGUUUAAUACGCUCUUUGAAUUAACCUUAUCAUUAAUGAUAAUAUGUAAACUAGAACACUAUAAUUGACCUCCGCUUGUGGAGAUUUUAACUUAGGGCGAUUAAUUAAACUGAAAUCUGUUCUAUCAAUUAGAUGCAUUACAUGCAUGUCCUCAAAAAUGUCUAGUGUAACGUUGGAUAGAUUCAUUGUCAUACGGUCCCAACAAGCAGCAACGUAGUCUUCCAGCCGAAAAUAAUUACUUUUGAUUCGGGUCAGUAAUUAUAAUAGAUAAUUACUGAGGCCAACGGCAUUGUUCGAUAUAUUAUAAUAAUAGGUCCCCCGUUAUAUAAUAUAAUAAUAGGUCCCCCGUUAGCGCUUAAUAAAUUGAACAGCCAAUGAAAUGUUUUCGUUCGAGAUGUUGUGUAAACAACUCGUUUCUCGUGUUUCAUCAGGGGACCAAACACUCGAAAACAAUAAAACACUCGCGCUUCGCGCUCGUGUUUCAUACAGUUUUCUCGUGUUUGGAUUCCCUGAUGAAACACGAGAAACGAGUUGUUUACAUAUAACAUCAUAACGGGACCAGUUUUUGUUCCUUAGCUUUACCGCUGAAGGGCUACCGUUGUCAAAUAAUUGAAGUUGGAAAUGAUUAAAGCUUCAGGACAUCUUUUUAACGAGGGGGCGGUCAAAAUUCCAGUAUUUUAACGGGGGGUGGGUUUGUAUGUUUAUGGGAAUUGCUUGAUUGCAAUGGGUAUAUUGAAUGGUUUGAAUCUGAUAUCUUUGGUCUAGCAAAGCAUUUUUUUCACUUGUCUGUCGUGUAAGUGACAUUUAAUAUAACUACGCAGUAAUUAUAAAAAACUAACAAAGAACCUGGCAAAAAUAUCACUCAAAAUUUGUCAAAGAAAAUUUAUUAAAAUACUAAAUAAAUAUAAGUGUACCGAGUAAUAGUCUAGGACCUGUAUAGAUGUUUGUAUGCGUUUCAUUUUGCACAGGUAAUCUCAACUGUUUUAGGGUAAAAUGACCACGGCGGUCAACAUGGCAUAUGUGCCAAAACCUGAAUCCGGGGCGAAAGUCCUGAAAAUAACCCCGCCCUGAAACGGCAGUGCCGACAUAGCUCUAACUUCCGAAAAGCAAAAGCGACAGCCUUUAUGAAGUGCUUAUAGUGUUUAGAAGGGUUGCUUUUAGGGGUGGUCAGUGGAAGGAAAAAUUUGUCUAAGUAUAAUAUUUUACCAGAAAAUGACUAUGCACCACCCCAGGUAAAUUGCUGAUUAUGCACAAAAUAACUAAUAUGCCUGGCAGAAAUUUAAUGUUCUUAUUUCCUAAAGAAAAUUAUCAUGGGAUGAAAACUAUGCUUAAUUUAAUAUAAUUAUUGUAGUUUUCAUAAGGAUUGUCAUUGUUUUCUUUAAAUAUAAUACAUUUUAAUUCACUCACCCCCCACGAAAACACCAUUUCAGCCAUACUUUGUCGUCUUGUUUGCUUUUUAUCGCCGAGUCUCGCUGAUAUCAUCCAGUUGUUGUACUUUUACAUAAUGAUAGAUGGCUAAAGACGAUUUCGACGAAGUUUAAUGAAGUUUUGAAACAGUGCAAUGUAUUUUAUCUUUGAUAUUGUGUCUUUCGAUAUUUCGUCAUAUUGCCGCCAUUUUAAUGGCUCGCCGCUUCUCUGUCCGAUAAAUGCCACUUCUUCGUCUUCCUAUGUGUUUAGACUUCAGUAUCCAAGAGUACUUCGUUGUUGCAUAGUUCCAAUAAAAAGAAUGAAAACAUUUGUUGGGUUUUAAAUGGCAAAACCCUCCAGGUGAUUAUUUAGGUUCAAAAUAAAAUACAAAGCUUUUGAAAGUCACGCGCAAUGUUCGCGAAAACUUCUCGUGGACACAUGACAGGGGGGGUGAAUAUUUUCACGAAACGUUUGUUCGCCACCACACUGACCACAGAAACCUAAAAAAUUUUGUAUUUAUUGUAUUUUUAUGAAUUAUGAUAAAACUACCCAAAUAUUUAUUGUUUUUAUCAUAAUUCAUAAAAAUACAAUACAUUUUAGGUUUCUGUGGUGGCGAACAAACGUUUCGUGAAAAUAUUCAACCCCCCUGUCAUGUAUCCACGAGAAGUUUUCGCGAAGACUGCGCGUGACUUUCAAAUGCUUUGUAGUUUAUUUUGAACCUAAAUGAUUACCUGGAGGGUUUUGCCAUUAAAACCCAACAAAUGUUUUCAUUUUUUCGAUUGGUACUAUUCUACAACGAAGUACUCUUGGAUACUGUAGUUUAAACACAUAGGAAGACGAAGAAGUGGCAUUUAUCGGGCAGAGAAGCGGCGAGCCAUUAAAAUGGCGGCAAUAUGACGAAAUAUCGAAGGACACAAUAUCGAACAUAAAAUAUACUGCACUGUUUCAAAACUUCAUUAAACUUCGUCGAAAUCGUCUUUAGCCAUCUAUCAUUAUGUAAAAGUACAACAACUGGAUGAUAUCAGCGAGACUCGGCGAUAAAAAGCAAACAAGUCGGCAAAGUAUGGCUGAAAUGGUGUUUUCGUUGGGGGUGAGUGAAUUAAAAUGUAUUAUAUUUAAAGAAAACAAUGACAAUCCUUAUGAAAACUACAAUAAUUAUAUUAAAUUAAGCAUAGUUUUUCAUCCGAUGAUAAUUUUCUUUAGGAAAUAAGAACAUUAAAUUUCUGCCAGGCAUAUUAGUUAUUUUGUGCAUAAUCAGCAAUUUACCUGGGGUGGUGCAUAGUCAUUUUCUGGUAAAAUAUUAUACUUAGACAAAUUUUUUCUUCCAAUGACCACCCCUAAAAGCAACCCUUCUAAACACUAUAAGCACUUCAUAAAGGCUGUCGCUUUUGCUUUUUGGAAGUUAGAGUUAGGUCGGCACUGCCGUUUCAGGGCGGGGUUAUUUUCAUGACUUUCGCCCCGGAUUCAGGUUUUGGCACAUAUGCCAUGUUGACCGCCAUGGUCAUUUUACCCUAAAACAGUUGAGAUUACCUAUGCUAAAUGAAACGCAUACAAACAUCUAUACAGGUUCUAGACUAUAAGGACUUUGAAAUCAUAACCAGCCUUAAAACCCUAUGAACACGUUGAUCAGAAUUAUUUUAAUAUAAAUUGGUUCGCAUAAUACUAAAAUAAUAAAAUCAAAACAGUCAACAAGACAAUACAAUAGCAACAUUGUCUUAACAAUAGCAACAUUGUCUUUAUUCAAUACUAUGUCAAGAUCUCGGUCAAGAUCAACCUCCACAGGCGAAUUUAUGAAAAAAAUAUUUUACCGUCAAGUUAUUUUUAAUAUAGUAUUCAGCGAAGAUCUUUUAUUUUUCAAUGUGCAAAUUACAAUCAUAUAGUACUUUAUCAUUGUUAUCAAUAUUCAUCACCCUAGUAAUAAUACAGUACAUAAAUUAAGAACUGAUAUUGGAAUAUGUAAGUAUAUGAGAAAAAAUCAUACAAAUUUACCUUCAAAAGAAAUAUAUUGAAGGGAUUCACCCAUCUCGUCCAUGUUUCCGUCGUGAAGAAAGCAAAAUACGUUAAAAAUCCAGAAAAUUGAACAAUGGCUUUGGAAUUUCUGAAAUCGACGGAAAUCUCACAAAUCGACACGUUUUCAUGCACUGCGCUUCCGCGUCCCGUAUAACCACAGCGGCCCAAUCUCGCAAGGGUCAGUAUAUGGUAAUGUAUAUUAUUGUAAAAAUAUGUCAUAAAAUAUAAAUUUUAAAAUGAAAUUGACUUGCCUAUUUGAUUGUGUAUUCUCUUCUAUUCCACUUUUGUUGGACUAAUGUUUUCCGAGACUUUGUACUCGAUGGUACUAGUAUACAUGAUACAUGAUAAAGGCAAACUAUUUCCGAUCGUCGAUCCGACGGCACGGCAAUUCGAAUUGAAAAUUCUCGGACUCAAUUAGCUUUAUUCUCAAAAACAAUUCGCCAGCAUGUAAAACAAAUGCCGUUUUUCGAAAAUACGGAGACACUUCGGCGGGAUGUACAAGUUUUGGACCAUAUUUUAACAAUGGAAUUCAAAACCCAUUUAACCCAACGGUUUCAAAACCCAACGGUUUUAAGAGGCCUGGUUGCCCAGGCAUUCGCCGUAGUAAUUUUCGGUCUUUUGAAAGUACAAUAUAAAAUGGGUUUUGGUUUCCAUUGUUAAAAUAUGGUCCAAAACUUGUACAUCUCGCCGAAGUGUCUCCGUAUUUUCAAAGAACGGCAUCUGUUCUACAUGCUGGCGAAUUUUUGGUGCCUCGCAGAGGCAGCACACUAUUCUUGACUACGCGGUGUUUCUCCAGAGUCCAAUCGACCCAGUCUUUCGCGCGAUCUAUGUAUUGUCGAGAUCUUGAUCUUGUGUCUGUCUGUCUGUAUGUAAAGAUGUCGUAAUCCGGGGGAAAUAAUUAAGCUUCAACAACGUUUGUUUAAUGAGGGGAGCGGUCAGAAACAAGAUUUUGCAUUGCGCGCGCAAUUCCAUGUGCUCAAGAAUCAAGAUUUUACAAUUGGUUUUCAUACAGGCUUUUUAUACGGAUGCAAGUUAUCGAAAAUUUUCGUUAAAAUUCAGGUAAAUAUGGCUCUAUUUCUUUCUUCUGAAAUACAUCAAGGCAAUGACCUUUUUAGUGUUCAAUCUAGAGGCAAACAAUGUGCUUUUAUGAGUUUAUCUGCAAUUUUAACUGCCCAAAAUAUCCCACUGAUCGAUUGGUCAAAAACAAUAUUGAGUAAUGUCUUAUUACAAGGAGACAAAAUGUAUUUGCAAGCUCUGGAUAAUGGCUUUGUUGUCUUAGAACCUGGUGUCAAAUUCCUAUCUGUAGAUAACUUACCUAAAGUUGUCAGUGUUUCAAGUUGAACGAACAUGUUUUCUUACGAGAUAUGCGAUUCUGUCAUCGACACAAGUAAUAUAUCAUCUGUAGUGCAUGCGAAAACAACUACAACACCUGUGAAUCCCUUUGAUAUACAAUUUAACGCUGAACUACCCAUGGUUGUAGGACAAAACAGUAAAAGUGUACCCAUGGUGGCACAACAAAAUCAUAACAGUCCACCUAUGAUGGUAGGACAAAACAGUAACAGUCUACCCGUGGUGGUACGGCAAAAUAAUGAGAGUCCACCUGUGAUGGUAGGACAAAACAGUAACAGUCUACCCGUGGUGGUAAGACAAAAUAACAACAGUCCACCCGUGGUGGUAAGACAAAACAGUAACAGUAUACCCGUAGUGGUGCGGCAAAAUAAUAACAGUCUACCCAUUGUGGUAGAGCCCAAUCAGGCACAAAAUAACAUUGAGCUACCCAUUGUGGUAUAGAGCCUGUUGAGGCAAAAAGUACCACUGAUCUGCCCAUUGUUGCUAGGGGGAACACGGAUCUAUCUAUUGGUGUAGAGCACAAUUCUGUGUUGCCUAAUGAGGAAAACAAUAAAAACCAAAUUUGGUUUAUAAAUUAUGGAAAAGAGCUUCAAGGUCUUGUUAUAACCAACCGAGAAAUUGAGUCACACUACUAUGACAUUCACACAGCACUUUUGAAAGUGUUUUCAAAUUAUAGUUGUCCUUUUUUAAUAUUAGAAGGCUAUAUGAUGGCAUUGAUGAAGCAAGCAGAUUUUUUCUAUUUAUUUGACUCCCAUGCCAGAGACUCUAGUGGCAUGCCUGAUCCUAAUGGCACUGCUGUUGUUAUGAAAUUUGUUAGUAUUCUAGAAUUAGAACAAUAUUUGUAUUCUGUUUCAGUGACAUUGCAUGCCAAUUUAUUUGAAAUUGUACCUGUGCAAUUAAAUAUAUGUAAAGGAUCAAGAGUAUGUCCUGAAAAAGAGGCUUUUAAUAGAAAAUGAAGGUGAUAAACAAGCUAAACUUAAGAAAGCUAGUGAGUAUAAAAAAAUAAAGCAGUCAGAGGGAACUGACAGUGAGCGGCAAAUAAGACUUCAAAAAUUAAGUGAGUCUAUUAAACAGAAACGUUCAGAGGAAACUGACAGUGAACGGCAAAUAAGACUUGAAAAUUAA